CCGCUGAUCUCUAUGCGUGGACUCCGAAUUUCGUGGAGCAGGACGGAGCGCGCGGUCUGUCGCUCGGCGGGCAGCACAGGGCGAGAUGGGUCUGAGGGACGAGCUCUUAAAGUCCAUAUGGCAUGCCUUCACGGCUCUGGACGUGGACCGUAGCGGGAAGGUGUCCAAGUCGCAGCUAAAGGUUUUGUCACACAACUUGUGCACCGUGAUGAAAAUCCCCCAUGACCCAGUUGCUCUUGAGGAACACUUCAAGGAUGAUGAUGAGGGUCCUGUCUCCAACCAGGGCUAUAUGCCCUACCUCAAUAAGUUCAUACUGGACAAGGUCCAAGACAACUUUGACAGACUAGAAUUCAACAAGAUGUGUUGGACUCUGUGUGUCAAGAAAAACCUCAACAGGAACCAUCUCCUCAUCAACGAGGAGGAUGCGUUCAAGGUCUGGUGCAUUUUCAACUACCUGUCAGAGGACAAAUACCCCCUGGUCAUUGUCAGCGAAGAGAUUGAGUAUUUUCUUCGGAAGCUGACGGAAGCGAUGGGCGGCGGCUGGGCCGAGGAGAAGUUUGAGAAGUACAAGGUGCAGCUGCAGAGGAAGCAGAACUGUCUGAGUGUCUGGGAGCUGAUCGAGCUUGUGGGCAUGGGCUACUUCAGCAAGGGCAUGGACCGGCAGACCCUCUCCAUGGGCAUCACCGAGAUCUUCCAAGAGCUCAUCCUGGGUGUUAUCAAACAAGGGUAUAUGAUGAAAAAGGGUCACAAAAGAAAAAACUGGACGGAGCGCUGGUUUGUGCUGAGACUCAGCUCCAUCUCCUACUUUGUGGGUGAGGACUUGGCAGAGAAAAAGGGGGAUAUUGUGCUGGACAGGAACUGCUGCGUUGAGUCUUUACCAGACAAGGAGGGAAGGAAAUGUCUUUUCAUCAUCAAAUGUUCUGACAAGAGUUUUGAGAUCAAUGCUUCAGACAAAAGGAAGAAACAGGAAUGGAUUCAAGCCAUCCAGACCUGCUUGAACCUGAUAAGACUGGGACUGCCGGCUCCUCACCAGUACGCGCAGCAGAAGCGCAGGGAGCUGCGUGUGCGGCAGCAGGCCGAGCUGGAGGAGCUGGAGAACAGUAUGAUGCGGCUCCAGGCCACCAACGAGACGCGGCAGUGCGAGCUGGAGACCCUGAGGAUGAAACUGGAGGAGGCGGCAGCCAAAGCCGUGCGGGAGGAGAGGAUGCGGCUGCACACGCAGAGGGAGCUCCAGGACCGCUACAGGACCGACCUGGAGAGGGAGAAAAUGGUACGGCUGCAGAUGGAGCAGCAGAUGGCGCAGAAGUCCAGUGAGCUGGAGCAGUACCUGCAGCGUGUGCGCGAGCUAGAGGACAUGUACCACCGCCUGGAAGAGGCGUUGGAGGACGAGAGGCAAGCCCGGCAGGACGAGGAAGCUGUGCGCAAGCUGCAGGCCAGGCUCUUGGAGGAGGAGGCGACAAAGCGCACCGAACUGGAGCAGAUCCACCUGCAGCAGCAGCGAGCCAUCGCCCAGACCCAGUCGGAGAAGCAGCAGCUGCAGGACGAGCGGCUCGCCAAGGAGGCCGCGCUUCAGGCCGCCAUGGAGCAGCUGUCGCAGCUGGAGAGUGAGAGGCAUGGGGCGCUGGAGCAGUACCAGGAGGUGAUGAAGAAGCUGGAGAAUGCAACGAUUAAGACGCAGAGCUGGAAGAACAAGGUGGCCCAUCAAGAGGGGCUGAUCCGCCUCAUUCAGCCAGGCUCCAAGGGACCCCAGAGGAUCACAAACUGGGGGCCUGCAGCCUUCACCGACACGGAGCUCAACCUGAGGGAGAAGAACUGGCAAGAGAAGAAGAACAGGCCUGGACAAACCCAGUAGUGAGCCGCUCUCACACCCGCCUAGCGUUUCCGUGACGACGACACCAGCCGCACGGCGCGUUAACAGCUAGGCGUUACCCAUAACCCUCUGUCAGAAGUUGUUCGUUGGAAGGUUUCGGCUCCUCUGUCAUUCAGAACAUCACUUAGCUGGAGAGGUUUUCAGAGGUAACAUCUCCAGAGCAGCUAGUGGGACCCAAGAUGAAUCCACUGUUCGUACGCAUAAUCAUUUUUACCUAAAAUGAAUAAUUAAUGCAGGAUUUUAAUGGUCAUUUUAGUUUUAAAGCUUUUUUUAAUAACUGCACAUUCCAGUUUUUUUAGUUGACAUUUCAUAUUUGUUCUUGUUUUUUUUGUUUUUUUUGCCAAAGUGUAAAAAUGAUAGGUCCCCAAUUUCAUUCCAUUAUUUAUCAACACUGUGAUUUUUUUCCUCGCCAUCGUUGAUAGUUUGUGGGGCAAAACAAAAUGCAGCAUAGCAAUGGCACAAAAAUUCAUGUAUAGAAAUGUAUACUUUUAGAAACAUAUACAUGAAACUAACUGUGUUUAAACCCCAACUAAUCAUGCAAAAUGACAGAGUAAUGGUGUCUGUUUUGUUUAGGGCAUUUUUAUUCAGUCUCAUACCGAAAAUUUGUGUAAAGCCAAAAAAAGUUUUUAAAUGUUUAAUAAAAAGUACCGUGUCAUCACAUAUCCGUAGGACAUUUAUGCAAGUCUCAGCUUGCAUAUUCUGCAAAAUUUCAUGAGCUUGCUUAGGGUGUUAAGUUACAGGACUAAUGUGUUCAGCUGUGUCAGUCCUAGUAAGAACUGUUGCAGCUGAAAUCUGUACCAACUUACUAUAGUAAAAUGUUUCUGCAGCCCGACAUCAGCGUCUGUAUAUGGAAUUCAUGGACCAGUUUUUCAGUUUUACUGUUUUUUUGACUGAGGCUGUAAUUCAUAGAUGGAAAAAGACACAUCAGACAUUUAUCAUUAAGGUAUCUACAAUGGCGCAGAAGCCAGACAAUGCAGUGUAGGAAGAAGCGGCAAUUAAAGGCUUUUAGCAUUUUGAA